AUGCACUUCGUUGAUAUUCGAUCCGGUGCUCGGCAUAUGCUCGGCUGGCAGAUUCCGACUAUUUUUCCCUUUUUGGAUUUGGUGGCGGUUAGUCCUUUGGAUGGCAGCGGGCGCCAUUGUCGUCCGUCACACCGCACUGACUUUUCCCAAGCAUACACGAGACAGCCAAAGACUGAUCCCGGGACGUCAAACUAUCUUCAAAUGAGCAAAAACGGGGAGAAAUGUAAAAGGAUUGAUGGAAUGCCUGGCAACGAUUCUCAGGAAGCUCAGCCCGCUCUCAAUGAAGGCCUGAUUCGACCUAGGUCAUCUGUGUACUGGCAACGAACGACUGAUCGUACUUUCAGCCUGACGACACACCUCGAAGUGCUUUGCUUCAUCUCUGCCCCACCCGUGAUCAAUUGUAGCACUGAUCCCCCAGUCGUCGCGCAAGGCAUCAACAUCGGCGUCCGUGUCGGCACUGCUGUGUCCAAGUGCGACCGGGACGUUUCAAUAGACCUUGUCUGCAAUGGCCCCAUUUUUGUAGGUAAAUGA